GAGAGAGAGAGAGAGCGGGAGGGGGGUUGGUCUCUCACUUAACUAACAAAACAGCAGCAGAUCUGCGGGCAUAAACAAAUGCACGCAAGCUGUCUGUCCCUACACCUGCCGCGGGAGAGACUUGACUUUGAUGGUCGCAGUCGGUUAAAUUAACCGGAUUAUUGAGACUGACACGAACCCCGCUUGCUUCAUUUUAGCGCGGACCUCCGACGAUAUCUAUGCAUAAUUUAUACUGAAAUAAGCAAAAAUGACGGAGCUGAGACGGCGAGGCGGAGGAGACCCUGACAGCACGGAAAACAUCAGUGACAAGGAGGCAGAUGGAGACGACAGGCUUGCAUUUCCCGGUGAAGGGGAAGGAGAAAUGGAGGGCGACUCCAAAGGGGACACACCAGACAUGCCACCUCCCACAGAUAACACUCCACAGUGUCUCAACAAAGCCCUGGAGGGCUUGUCAUCUAGGUGGAAGAACUGGUGGAUAAGAGGCAUAUUAUCAAUGACCAUGAUCAUUGGCUUCUUCCUCAUCAUCUAUUUGGGACCCAUUAUGCUUAUAUUUGUGGUUAUGGGUGUUCAAAUCAAGUGUUUUCAUGAAAUUAUAACCAUUGGCUACAGAGUUUACCAUUCCUAUGAUCUGCCUUGGUUCAGGACUCUAAGCUGGUAUUUCUUGAUUUGUGUGAACUACUUCUUUUAUGGCGAGACAGUGGCUGAUUAUUUCGGCGCACUCGUCCAAAGGGAGGAACCUUUGCAGUUCCUUGUGCGUUAUCAUCGGUUCAUUUCUUUUGCAGUGUAUUUGGCAGGUUUCUGCAUGUUUGUACUGAGUUUAGUGAAGAAGCAUUACCGCCUACAGUUUUAUAUGUUUGCUUGGACCCAUGUGACCUUGUUGAUUGUGGUGACUCAGUCACAUCUGGUUAUUCAGAACCUGUUUGAGGGAAUGAUCUGGUUUAUUGUUCCCAUCUCUAUUGUGAUCUGUAAUGACAUCAUGGCCUACCUGUUUGGCUUCUUUUUUGGAAGAACACCACUGAUUAAGCUUUCCCCGAAGAAGACCUGGGAAGGAUUUAUUGGGGGAUUCUUUGCAACAGUGGUCUUAAGUUUCUUUUUUGCCUACCUGCUAUCCCAGUACCAGUACUUUGUUUGUCCAGUGGAAUACAACAGCGAGACGAACCGCUUUGCAGUAGAGUGCGAGCCCUCAAAUCUGUUCAUGAUGCAGGAAUACGCACUUCCUGCAGUGGUGCAGAAUGCAAUUAGAUGGAAAACGGUGAACCUUUACCCAUUUCAGAUCCACAGUAUUGCACUCUCUACGUUCGCCUCUCUAAUCGGACCAUUCGGUGGAUUCUUUGCCAGUGGCUUCAAGCGAGCUUUCAAGAUCAAAGACUUUGCGGACACCAUUCCUGGUCAUGGUGGAAUAAUGGAUCGUUUUGACUGUCAGUAUCUGAUGGCGACGUUCGUUCAUGUUUACAUAGCAAGUUUUAUCAGGGGGCCGAACCCCAGUAAGGUCUUACAGCAGUUGCUCGUCCUGCAACCAGAACAACUACUCAGCAUCUUCAACACGCUGCGCAAUCACUUGCGAGAAAGGGGCAUGCUGCCCCCUGCUGUGGAGGAAGCCCAAUGACGGACAACUCCACCACAGCAGACAAAAACAGUUCAUGUCCUGUUGAACUCUGCAAACAUUCACUCAUGACUGUGAUCACAAGAGCACACUCCCAAACGACCGCAGGAGCUCCCGUACAAAAAGAGAGUGUGACGUCUGCUGCAAACCAAACUCUCACUAUCAACCCAUUACAGACUUAACCACAAGAGGGCGACACGGUUCUAUUAACCUGAGUCACUGUUUUUAGGAAAUCAACAUCAGAGGUCUUCCAAGAUCCAAGCACAUGGUAAGUGAAUGUAUAGCACUACAAGAAAGGCGCUUCCGCGGAGUGUCAUCAUUGUUCCGAUUUUAAUAGUGGCUGUGGCCUGAUAUAUGAGUGUAUGACUGGCUUUGUGAAUGCAAUAACUCAUGGAGGUGACUUAAGGUGAGAUGCCAUUAUUCUCAUAGUUAGCAUUUAAAUGAGCUUGAUUUAUAACAGGGGUCCGAAACUUAAAGCAUUGUAAAACACGUCUAAAAGCGGAGCAUGUCCGUAAGUCCUACUGUUAGGCUACUGCUUUUUCCAUUCCACAUUACUGAGGGUGCUAGAGUAACUCACUUGUGUGUGUGUACAUAUCAUCAUAUGUAUUAUUGUACAUAUAUAUGAUAUACUAGAUCAAAUAUAGUGAGAGAUUAUACAUUUAUUACAAUAAUAUAUAAAGCUUAACAUAUUCUAAAUUAUAGUAAGUUAUGAAAAUGAUAUGCAAGAAGACUUUGACUUGUCUUCCAAUCCAGCAUGGCUAAACGUCUCUAUGGGUGGAGAAUAAGUUGAACGGGUUGUUUUUGGGGGAUAAACAGCCUUUUUGAGAAGGUGAUCUGCUGUUCCCCUGCGUGACCAUUCAUUUUAGUUGCACUGUAUCUACACGAGUCGAAAAAUUCACUUUGAACUGUUUUCAAUUAGCUUUUCAGGUUUUAAUAUCAAAAAGCACUGAUGCACAAAUAUCCAAUAUUUGAA